AUGGAGUCGAAAGGUUAUUUCCCAGGUGAAACGGACGGUAAUGGUCACUUGUGCCGUUACUGGCACUUAGCUGCACUAACACUGAUGCUCCUGGAUCAUAUCUAUACGCUAGACGUUGAGAUCAAGCAUCUAUGGAAGCGAAGGGCCAAAAUCAGUGCUUAUUUAUUCUUCGUCCAUCGCUACUUCAACCCACUCGCAGCCACCUUUUCCGUCCUUUCGGUAUUCAUCCCGAGCCUUCCUGUGAAUUGUUAUGCGUUGGUAUUCUCUCGAGAAGCUUUGUUGAUAUUCGCUCAGGUUAUGGUUGUCGUCAUCCUUACACUUCGAAUUUACGCCUUAUACGGCUGCAAUAAACGCCUACUUUGGUUUAUGAUUGUUGUGCAGCUCGCACUGAUCGUGAUCGUUUGCAUUUCUACCUUUAUCGGCCAUAAUGAUCAACCUCAGACGAAGGGGUCUUGUAAUACUGUAUUGGAUCAAGAAACGUGA